AGCAAACUCGUGACGUUUUCUGAGUGAGAAGUUGAAACGUAAACCGUCAGACUCAUUCCUUUGCUGGCAGAUCACAGGCUGGUCGUUGUAAGCUUGAAGACGAAAUUGCUAAUAUUAAACUCAAUAAUUUGUCGCGAUGUCUGAACAUACUUUUUCAGAAACCACCAGUGAUUCUUCGUAUUCAGAUAGUGAAGGCUCGUACACACUCACAACAACAUCAGAUAGUGAAGAUGAAAAUGCAGUCGAAACCGUUGAUGCAAAAGGUAAAACGGCGCAUAAAAAAGGUACGACCACUUUUAAAAACGGGAGACCCGACAAUGAAAACGGCACCAACGUCAUCACGAGCGUAACGCCUGAACCCGCCGAGUUCCUGAUCAAUCCUAGCAACACGGGCACGUACAAGAUAAAAACGAAGGGUGGCAGCAUUGCACUUCGCAACGGUGACGUCGUCAGGAUCCCAUCGCCGUUGCAUCUGUCUCCGCAAACGAGCGGCUCCACGAUGGACGCAGCGAAGACGUGGUACCCGUCCACUUCGUCGGCGGAGUCGAAGGCUGCCAAAGCCGGCACGCGGUUUCUGGCCUUGGCGCGCCUGCGCCGUCUGCCGGUAAUGCGCUGCGCGGCGACCGCCUUGAAGGGGGCGAGAGCCAGCAAGUGCCUGGGCUGGGCCGUCACCCUGGGCGAGGCGGCCGCUAGCAUGGCGGUCGCGCCAGUCAGCGCCGUGGCCUCGCCGUUCGCCUCCAUGUGCAGCGUGCCCAUAAAUUGUGUGGACAGGGCGAUCUGUAAAGGGCUGGAUAUAGCCGAGGUGCUGUUUCCUUGCAUUGCCAUGCAUCCGUGCCAGAUGUGCUGGAGAAUGAAGACGUACUGCGCAAAUGUUGAUGUGCAAGAUUAACGGGCUUAUUACUGCAGACUUCAUCCCGUGUGAAAAUUCUCUCGAGAAGCUGCAUGAACGCUGUAAACAAUGAUGUGUCAUAUUCCCAUGUGUAGUGAAUAUAAUUCGAUAAUAUUGUAUUCGUUCUUUCAAAGAAUAUUUCAUUAUCAGAACCUAAAUUCAAACGUUGAAACUCAUCAGUUUGUUGACCAGAUUGUCUUUAAGUCAGUAUACGAACAUACGCGCUUUAAAAUUUAAACAUUUGCAUUUUCAAUUUUCAAAAGUUUAGAUAUUUUCGCACAUUUUAUUUCAACAUUAGAUUUAAAAUAGAUAUUUCAUUACGAUAAGCAAUGUCCAGAAUUAUUGGAACAUAUUGUUCUCAGAUUAUAUUUAUUCCUUUUAAAAUUAAGUUUCUUAUCCUAUUGGUUUGGAUACUGUCUCGGGUGUUUUGUCAAUAAUAAAUGUAAAUAUAACUCAUUACACUUACAAUAUUAUUUACAAAAAUUAUUAAAAACAGAAUUGUUAUUCAGCCAGCCCCCAUUAAUUCAAGUUUUCCAACACCUAAAGUCGAUAAUUCUCUAAUGGAUAUGUUGGGUGUGAAAUUCACCCAACAAUUUCCACGACUACUAUUCAAACUAAAGAUGAAUGGAUACAUGAGAUGGAUGGUUUGUGUGUAACAGUUGUUCGUAAUAAGAUUUUUCUAAGCUAAGUGUUGUCAACUUAAUGUAGGUCAACCUACAGAUGCACUAGUUGGUAUUACUUAAAUUGUUUUAGUUGACAAUUGCCCAAGAAGUCAUAACACUGUCAUGUAAAUAAAAUUUGGUGUCUCACUUGUAAUUUGUUGGUAUCAGAUCGUAUAUUGAAAGUAUUGUGAACUUUGUGUAUAUGUAAUAUCCCUGAUAUUAGACGUUUUUGUAAUUUUUCUUUGCCCAAUAGUUUACUGUUUCCCAUUCAUGAUGGGUUGAUAUUUAAAUGAGUGCUUAGUAAUUUUUACAUUGUUACUGUUUGAUGUUGUUCAUGGUGUUCCUUAAAUGUAGUUUUAAGUGCUCUUUUACUAGUGCCUGUAUAAUUUUCUUUGCUUCCUUCCAGACUACUAUUGUGUGAUAUUGUGUGAAUUGAUGUGAUAAACUAUAUAUGUGUAUUAUUCGUAGGUAUGAACUAUCGGCAAAGUAAGUUUCGCUAAUCACAUGGACAUAAACGCAAUUCAAAAGAAGAUUGUUUCCGAAAAUGAUAAAGUUAUGCGAAAUAUAACACUUAAAACAUUUUGUGAUUUGACAAAAACUAUUAAUUUUAAGUCUAUUAAAAAUAAUUCCACUACCUUCCUGACUACAGAACGUGUUAGUGGAAGUAAUUUUUAUUCGGCAGAAAAAUCCAUUGCCGGGUUUUCAUAACGGAAAUGUGUAAAAAUUCAGUUGCUACAUUAAGACUAAAAUAUUCUAAAACGUAUAGCCAGAAUCCCUGUCCAUUUUACUGUAAAUGUAGAUUAUAUAGAUAUAUUAUAUUAAUUUAUUCUUUCCGGCUAUUUGUUUCAUAAAAUACAUUUUUUACAUGAAUUAUUUAAAUCUAUAUGCAUACUUUUAUAUUUAUUAUCUAUUAAAUUAAUUUUCUCCUUUACGUAUUUUAUAAUUGAAUAUUAUUCAAUUCAAAUCCUUUAUCAAAUUUUUGCCUAUACUGUUUUGUAGAAAUUACUAAAUGUUGAGUUUGUCUUGUUUCUCUUCUUAUUUAAUCUUUCUCUUUGAAUUUCGUUCACUAAAUUUUGUUAUCUGAUGUUAAAUUAAUUUUAAAAUAAAAAUAUUUGUUUUUAUUUAACUGUUUUUGACAUAACUAUUAGUGUCUAGCAUGUUUAGCACUGGCGUGUAUCUAGAGCAUUAUGAGGAGACAUAUUAAAACUACUUUAAUAAUAUUCUGAGUUAUAGCAAUAUCCCUCGUAUUAUAAAUUAAAGCUGAAAAUAAUUUUGUAUAAUUGGAAAAAAAGUUUACAAUUUCU